AUGGCGACCGACUACAAGACAUUGGCUGGUCAGGAGUUUGAUCGCGGCGCGUUCGAAUCUCUUCUUCGUCGCAAGGUCUUCCUAUGGCAGUCUUUCGAACCAUAUGGCGCCACCAAAGGACUUUUCGACUAUGGCCCGCCGCUUGAGACAUUGGAGUCAGAGGUCAUCAGCAUCUGGCGAGACCACUUCAUCCGAUCGGAGAAGAUGAUGGCCCUGAAGUGCUCCAUGUUGACGCCGUACCAAGUCCUCAAGACAUCUGGCCACGUUGAUAAAUUUGCCGACUUCAUGUGCAAGGACCCGAAGACCGGCGAAAUUCUCCGCACAGAUCAUUUGAUCAAGGAUGUCAUUGAGACGAGGCUGAAGGGUGAUCGCGAAGCUCGCGGCGAGAAUGUCAGCGACGAGCCAGAAGACCCGAAGAAGAAGAAGAAGGCUUCCAAGGUCGCGAAGACAGCUGUCAAGCUGGAGGAGAGCGUCAAGAAGGAGUACGAGCACCUUCUUGCCACCCUCGACGACUGCACUGGUGAGGAUAUGGGAGCUUUGAUCAAGAAGCACGAUAUCCGAAACCCAAUCUCUGGCAACGAGGUCGAGCCUCCUGUUUCCGUCAACCUGAUGUUCCAGACUCAAAUUGGCGCUUCUGGAAAGGAGCCUGCUUUCCUCCGACCAGAGACCGCCCAAGGCCAAUUCCUCUCAUUCCAAAAGCUCCUCGAGUACAGUGACGGACAAUUGCCAUUCGCCUCUGCCUCCAUCGGCUACUCCUUCCGUAACGAGCUCUCUCCACGCUCCGGUCUGCUGCGAGUACGUGAAUUCCUCAUGGCUGAAAUCGAGCACUUUGUCGACCCGCAGAGCGGCAAGGAGCACCCUAAGUUCCACACAGUCAAGGACGUCAAGCUCCCACUUCUGUCUCGUGAUGUUCAGCAGGCUGGAGGCUCUACACCGGUCAACGUGACGAUCGGUGAGGCGGUCUCAACCACACUCGUCGACAACGAGACCCUCGGCUUCUUCAUUGUCCGCAUCUACCAGUUCAUGCAGAAAAUCGGCAUCGACAUGGGCAAGCUGCGCUUUAGACAGCACAUGGCGAAUGAAAUGGCUCAUUACGCUGCCGACUGCUGGGAUUGUGAGCUGCUUACCUCCUACGGCUGGGUGGAGUGUGUUGGAUGUGCUGACCGCAGCGCGUACGAUCUCAGUGUGCACAUGAAGGCUACCGGGGUGCCUCUUCAAGUUCGGGAGCCAUUGAAGGAGCCCAAGCGGGUUGAGGAAUUCGUGGCGCAACUUGACAAGAAGAAGUCGGGACCAAAGUUCAAGAAAGACGCUGGAAAGGUGCAAGCUGCUCUUGAUGCCUUGACACAAGACAUCAAGGAGAAGCUCAGCAUCAGCAUGCAGCAAGACGGCAAGGUUGAGAUUGAAGUACCUGACAUGGGCAAGGUCGAUCUGGAGAAGGACAUUGUCACGAUUCAGAAGGAGGUUCGCACAGAGACGAUGAGGGAGUACAUUCCCAAUGUUAUUGAACCUUCAUUCGGUAUUGGUCGCAUUCUAUACAGCUUGAUGGAGCACGUCUACUGGACGAGAGAGGGCGAUGCCGCUCGAUCGGUCAUGUCCUUCAAGCCGACCGUGGCACCCGUCAAAGUCCUCGUCGUCCCACUUCAAAAGGAUGUGCGCUUCGCCGAUCUCUUGCAAACACUCGAGCACCGUCUCGAUGACGACCAGCUCUCCUUCAAGGUCGACCAGUCCGGCGUCAGCAUCGGCAAGCGCUACUCCCGCAACGACGAGCUCGGAAUCCCCUUCGGCAUCACGAUCGACUACCAGAGUCUGGAAGACAACACUUUCACGCUCCGCGAUCGUGAUACGUGCAAGCAGGUUCGUGCUAGCCUUGAUCAAAUCCUCGAGGCUGUGAGCAAGAUGGUCAAGGGUAAGGAGGCGUGGAGCGAGGUGCAGAAGCGUCUGCCGGCAUUCGAGGGCAAGGAGGAGGAGAAGGAGUAG